AGGUGAAAUUCUCCAGUCUUUUCGAACCAACAAAACCAAAGUCCUAACGAAGGAGUUAGUGAUCUGUCUCCCUCUUGACAUUUUCUUAACCAACUAAACUUUAAUCUUUCAAAAUUAGUUGAGAUUAGGUCCAUCUUUAUAUAUAUAAUUUGCAUGCUUGUAUUUUGAUCAUAAAAAAGUUAUCCUUUUUCGAGUUUCUGCAUUGAGAAAUUUGUUCUUCUAGACGAGUUUGAAUGAAAAUGCUAGAGUUUUAAAGGUUCCCACCAGACUUGUUGAAAUGAAUUUCAGUUUCAUCAACUCAAUUUUCCGAAGGCUGUUCUCAAGGGAGCCUCUGAUGUUCUACGCUGCCACGUGGACGACGAUUUUGACUUUGACAGUGGCUGUGGCAUCGUUCUGGCCGGAGUUUGCUUUCGUUUCUGCUAUUAGUCCAACUUCCACCUUUUCUCAGGCGUGUCACAGAGAAGGGUAUUUGAGAUUACCACUGGAUAUUCCGGGGGAGAAUUUUUGUUUUCCGGUUCAAUUUUUCAGAAGAUCCAAAAUGGAUAUCGUGGUUCCACCGGUUUUUGCGGCCGUUAUUGUCACCACCACGGCUUAUGCGGUUAGAGCUUUGGGCUUGUGGGAGGGGGACGAUGAUCAACUACUGUAAGUCGAACGAAUCGGAAGGCCUUUCACGUAAAAAUCGGUGUAUUUCUUAUCAUUUAUUCUCGUACAAUUUAUCAUUUUUAGUUUUUGACCGAAUUCUACUCUUUCACACAAAAAGAGGCAAAUUGAUUUUUCUUUUACAUUAUAAUGAAAGAAGUUAAAUUCUUAUUUGUUUA